AUGACUGUUAAUACAACUGUAUUUGAAUUAACAAUGAUAGGUUUUUCUAAGGUGGGCCAUUUUUGGCCUUUGUUCUUCUUUUUCUUGUUAAUGAUUUAUUUUCUUACCAUUUCUGGAAAUGUGUCCAUAUCAAUAUUAAUUCUGGCUGAUAGACAUCUCCACACACCAAUGUAUCUGUUCAUCUCUAUGUUGUCCUUCCUUGAAAUAUUUUACACCACUGUCACCAUUCCUUUUAUGCUAACGUGCCUGUGGAGGGGCCAGGUACAAAUCCUGUUCAAUCAUUGUGUGCUACAAAUGUACCUUUUGCACUCGUUGGGCAUUACACAGAACUAUUUGCUGAAUGUCAUGGCUUAUGAUCGUAUGGUAGCUAUCUGCAACCCACUUCGGUAUCACACCAUAAUGACUCCUAAGCGUUGCACAAUUUUGCUUUCCAGUUGUUGUCUUCUUGGGUUCACAAGUCCUAUCGUCCAUCUUCUAUCAGUCUUACAGUUGCCCUUCUGUGGUCCUAACACAAUCAACCAUGUAUUUUGUGAUUUAGCUCCGCUUUUGAAGAUGGCUUGUACAGAUAUUCAUUUCACCUUCAUCCUGAACUUCUUGAUUAGUCUCUGUAUUAUAAGUUCCACCUUUUUCUUUAUUAUUGUCACAUACAUAAAGAUAAUAUUCACUAUUCUGAGGAUGAGCUCGACGGAUGGACGUCAGAAGGCCUUUUCUACAUGUGCUUCUCAUCUUACCAUGGUUCUUCUCUUCUAUGGCAGUCUAGCUUUUAUUUAUAUCAGGCCCAAAGUAGAAUAUACCCAAGAGUAUGAUAAAUUAGUGGCAAUAAAUUAUUCUGUGAUCAUCCCGUUCUUGAACCCCAUAAUCUACAGUUUCCGAAACAAAGAAAUUAAACGCACCUUUAAAAAGCUUCUGAAAAGAUUUAAUACGAUAUUUAUGCCUCCAAUAAAACUGCUAUAA